AGUUACAUUCCAGACAUCGUGAAAGAGAAGUUCGGUUUAGGGCCAAGCUUGGCAAUGGAUGAGGUCAGCUUGAUGAUCCCUGUCAAUAAAGAUACCUAUGAAGCUCUUAAGAGAAGAGACAACUGUCUAAAUAAUCUCAUUUCCAAAAAGUUUGCUUGUACAUUUGCCUUCAAAAGCACAGCAAGCACUGGUGAAGUAUACAGGAAAAGACUAAAGCAGGGAAUAGAUAUUUGUGUUUGUAAGGGUGAUCUCAGAAGACACAAGGCUGAUGCUUUGGUGAAUGCAGCCAAUGAAAAUCUAGACCAUGGAGGAGGUCUUGCUCUUGCCCUUGUGGAAGCUGGAGGGCCAGAAAUACAAGAGCAAAGCAAGCUUCAUGUUCUAAGAUAUGGAGGAGUCAAAACUGGCCAAAUAGCAGUGACAGGCGGAGGGAAGCUUCCCUGUAAGAAAGUUAUUCAUGUAGUUGGUCCACAGUGGAAUGAUCAAAGAAAAGAAACAUGUUGUGACCUACUUCAGGAAGCUAUUAAGAAUGUUCUGAGUUAUGUUACUGCUCCAGAAAAUGCUAUAAAGUCUGUGGCUAUCCCAGCAGUGAGUUCAGGCCUUUAUGCCUUCCCCCUCCACUUGUGUGCUCAAGUGAUUGUAAUGGCUAUAAAGGAAUUUGUUGAGGCAGUUCCACGAGGCUGUCACAUGGAAAUCCGCCUGGUGAACAUCCUCGAGCCUGCAGUAGCAGAAAUGAAGGCAGCCUGUGAAAAGUUUUUGGGUGAUACCAGCCCACUUGAGCAAACUAUGUCAACUUCACCAAGCCAGUCUGUGGCUUACAUCAAGCAUGAAGGUGUUCGCUUGCGCAUUGUGAGAGGACUCCUUGAAGAGCAGAAG